AUGCCCGAGUCGGCAUCCUGCGCUUCCUACUUGGGGCCUUCGCUGAGUUCGCCGUCUUCGCCGUUCCCGUCUGCCUGCGCUAACACCGCCUCCGGUCUUCGACGCCUUCCGGAACCAUGCCGCGAACAACUUGAACACGACUUGUUUAUGUUUGCGCGGGGGACUGCUUCAGGUUUUCCAGCACCAAAUGCGCAGAGAAAGUCGAUUUGCCACACGGCGGAUCAAUUUAAGGUGGAAAGAGACAGGCGCCGCGCCUCCGACAGAUGCCUUACCUCUCAGAAGUUCGAGAGAGGUGACCGACGGGGGGAAAUCGCCUGCGAGACAGAAGCUCCGUAUCUCACUCACCUGCAGCCCACGGCCGGGGAUUUCUGCCCCACAGCCUCUGGGCCACUGGACGAGGCUGCAUACUUUGCGCCGUACCCAGUCACGUCUCGGGGAAAGGGGACUGACGGCAAGGAAAACGAGGCUGAAAAGUUUGGAAUGGAGGACUUGGCAGACGUCGGAUGUUGCGGGUGGGAAGAAACCGAAUCAGAUGCACAGUUAGGAGGGCUCAGCGACGCUGGCUCCGUGAGCACGGCUGCGCCUACCGACACACCAGCUGCGUUUCCCGGCUUAGUGGACGGACUCCGGCGGCAGGCGGAUGACCUUAACGAAGGCCUGGACCACCUGAUCGAAACUCUAUUGGUCGCCACGCGGUCCCAGCUUCCCGAGCAGGAGGCGACGGAAAGCGAAUCGUCUGAGACCGCAGGCGCGGAGGAGGUUGCCCUCCUGCACUACCAAGAGGCUCUCGAAAAGAUCCAAGACGCGCGUCUGAAAGACCGUGCGAAGAGCGAUGUCCACAUCGCGAAACUGCAGAGCCAGCUCCAGCAGGUCCAGGCCGAGCGUCAAAAGUUCCAGUCCACACUUGCCGAGAAGGAUGCGCUCUUGAGACGGCUUCAGGCACACGUGAAGGUGCUGCGUGCUGCGCGGGCUUCCAAGCCCGCGAGGGAAGCCGAGCCGUCGGAAGUCGAUGAGCUUUUCGCGUCUCUUUUGAAUUUUGAGGAAGAGAAGGGCUCUCUUGCCGACGAGGACGUGGUAACGAACUUGGCGCAGGCGAGCCAGCGCCUUGCACAGAACGUCGCAGCCGGGCUACAGGGAAGGAAGAAGAAGGCGAACACCCCCACCCCAGCGGACGUCCUCAAGACCGAGUUCGAGCUCAAACUCCAGUCCCUCCGAAGCAUCAAAGGGUCCAACGCACCCGCGCUACAGGAGUGGCUUCGAGUCUUUGUGUCGUCGUGGAAAACGCUGCAGACCCGCCUGAAGAGCAUCUGCAUUCCGGAAAAACCGACCGAGAAGCUCCUGCAGCUGGCGAAGGAGAAAAUCGAGAAGGAAAGGGCUCUGACGUUCAAGGCGCUAGUUCAAGUCCAGCAAGAGUGCUUGCGGGUCUUCGAGACGCCUUGGCGCGCAGAGGAACUGGCGAGGGAGAACAAAGAGAAGGCCGCAACGAUCUCUUUUUUGUCGCGCGAUCUCGAGAAGACGCGCGAGGACAACACGAUUAUCGCAGCGGAAAUGAAGCGUCGCGGGCAGUUAAUCGCGCAUCUGGAAGACGGUGUGCAUGUGUUGUCGGAUAACCUAGGCCUGUGUCAAGAGGACUUGACUACGCGGCUCCAGCAGGUGUUGGAGAACCGAGCGCAGUUGACAGACACUCAGGCGGAAUUAGAGCAGACGAAGGCAGCGCUCAAGGUGACGAAGAAGGAGGCAGCCAAGGUGGAAUCACACUUAACGGAGGUUCUCGCGGAGUUCCGCGCCGCGCAGCUGUACGCCAGAGAUCUUGAGGCCCAACUCGAUGAAAGAACAAACCGUCUGCACGGCGUGCAGGACGACCUGGACCGAUUUGAAAAGGCGAAUGCCGAGCUCGCCGACGACUUGCGAGAAACGCGUAUCGAACUGACAAAGACGGCGAUUGAGCUCCACGCCGAACACCUCGUUGCGUCUCAGGAGCGCUCGUCCGAGAUCUCCGAGUGGAAGGAGCGGCAGCGGCGCAUCGAAGAUAACUUACUCGAGGUGCUGAAGAAGCCGGGAGUGAAGGCGAGUUCAGAGAGCAGUCGAGGCUUUCCUGUUCGCGUCCAAACCCCUCGUGCGCGACCGACGGGGGCGUUUUCUCGGCUGCGGUCCUGGCGGCGCAGCGCCGCGCGUGGACGCCUCUCCCAGAUUGUGUCGGCAGUCGUGCGCACGGGAGAGGUGGAGCGGCGACUCAAGGCAGGCCCCGAGCGAUGGGGCCAAGCAGCGACGCCUGCACUGCGCGACGCGGGCCCUCUGGAGAAUCUGGACGCGACGUGGCGGUCGAUUAUGCAGACCGUGAAGAAAGUCGAGAGGCAGGUGCACUCUGUCUAUUCUUCGAGAAGGUCGCACACAGUCUUUGCCCGCGAACUCAAGAGCCUAGACCGGCUCUUGGAAGGCCUCCAGCCCCAGUACCGCCGUGCGCAACGCGCCUUCGAGGCGCUAAAGCUGCGGGUCUCGGGGAAAGCCGCUGCCCGAUUUCGCCAGGCCGAGCUGCGGAGCGAGAGACGCGGCCUCGGAGAACGGAGGGCGAACCUAGACGACGCGAUUUUAGAGUCGAAAAUGAGACUGGCAGGGCAGAAAGGCGACCUCGCGCCCCGCUGGGAGGACACACUGCCGGUGAAAAGCGCGAGAGUCCAAGGAAGACGGAAACGCCUCGGGAAGAUGAAGGGGCUGGCCCUCGCAAGUGGCCACCGAGGCAGUCGGAGCAGCGGCGACACGCAGCAAGCAGAUGUGGACAGUGCUUGGGACGACGUGGGCGAUUUCGGAGAGAGAGACGCAACCUUUUCGUCGCCGUCGGAAAACGCUACCCUCAAGGAAGCGGCCAGCUGGAUUCUGGCAGUGCCUCGAACGACGGCCGCAGAUUUUCCUCUGUGUCUCCCGUCCUUGCCGCCUCAGGCCUCUGUCUCCGGGCGAGGCCGAGCCGCGUCCGCUUCCGGUUACCCUCGUCUCCAGAACAAGAGGCUCCAGCGCUUGUCUUCGACAGAAAGCAACCUCUCAGCAGAAUCGGAUUCGCGAGCGGGGAUGGAUCGCGCAAGACGAAGAAGAUUUCGGUCCGUGUCGCCAGGCCUCUGCCGACGUCAGCAGAACAGGGGCGACUCAUCUUCGACCCAAGAGGAGGCGGCGCAAAUGCCGCAUAAGGAAAUUCAGCGCUUGGAGGAGGAGCUGAAACGGGCACAGGAAAUCAUCAAAGAGAUCGAAGAGACGCUGCUCGUCCCUCAGGACUACUUCAAGAAAAUGCGGGAGGUGACGGAAGAAAAUAUCCGGUUGAACCUUCUCGUCUGCUCCUUACGCGCCGACAUUGAACACUGCAAGGUCGAACGUCAGGAUCUGGAAUCCCUUCAACAAGUCCGAGUGGACUACGCUCAGUUCCAGGCCGAGACAGAGAAGCGAAUCCGCGACCUUGAGAAGAAGCUGAAAGUCGAAGCCGCUGCUGCACGUCGCAACGGACCAUCUGAUGCCGUCGUCGGAGACGCUGCUGCGGUGUUGCGAAAAAGGCUCGAAAACUUGCGGAUCGACCAUCAACUCGAGAUUCGGACGCUCCGGGACAUGAACGCGCUUGAAGUCGAGCGCAUGCGGCAGAACUACGAGAGGGAACUCGCUUCUCUUCAGCAGGCGAUCCAGUCGGUCAAGGACAACGCCGAGAUCGAAUAUAAAAAAAAAUGCAAACUGCAGCAGUUGCAACAAGAGACCGCUGCAGAGAAAAUGCGGUGCGAGCUCGAGACACAGCUUCGGGAGGCGAAACUUGAGUACGAGCGAGAACUUCAAGAGAAACAGAAAGGCGAAGUUGAGUUGUUGAACAAGGCGGAAAUCGCACAACAAGCUGCUCUGGCGGAGGCGCAACGCGACUUCAACAAAAAGCUCAAAGAAGUCGAAAAACAUUAUGAGGACAGACUCCUGGAACACCAAGUGCACGUCGUCAAGGAACGCGACGGCCUCAUCGCCCGAUUCAAAGCGAAGAUCGAGCGGCUCACGGCCCAGCUGGACGAACACAAAGAAGCGCGGUGGAAGACGCGCGAAGCGCAAGACCAGGCCGAGGUGGAGCGGACACGGCACCUCGCGGAGCUCGAGCGCCAGCUGCGCGUGGAGACUUUGGAGAAGGAAGAGUUGCGCGAGGCCUUGGAGCGUCAGACGUCGCGGGCCGAGAGCCUGAUGGAGGAGCUCGGGACGGCGCGAAGGGAAGGCGCAUCGACUUCAGGGCGCUUGGCGGAUCGCGGCUGUCAAGCCGAGCCGACGGUUCGGAGCAGGGGAACGCAGGUUGACGACGCGGUGAUGGAGUACAUUCGCGAGUGCACAGAGAUUUCUGAAGAGGCGAUGCAGAGAGACGGCGCCAGCACCGCACGCACCAAAAUCAGCGACGUUCUCGACGAGCGAACGGGGCACCACCGGGCGCGGCGCCUGCUGCGCAAAGAGGCGGCCUUCCUGUCUCCGCCUCCGGCCGAGGGCCUCCGCGGGAUCCGGAAGGAGCAAGGCGUGAAGGGGAGAAAGGCGAGCGUGCUCGACGUGGACGACGACACAGACGCGACGGCGGAGGUAGCCGUGGAAGCCGACGACUCUGGCGAACAGCGGAUCGAGAACAAGUUCAGCGCGACGGCGCCGUCGGACGGCGGAGGUCGAAAGCUUCCGCGGAGCUACACGCCUCUGAGCGGCAGGGAGAACGAGGAAUCGGGCAAGGAGGCAGAUCUCUUCAGCAAAGUCGCAGCUGUCGCGUUUCGCGCAAAGGCCGGAAGUCUCGAUCCGCGGAGGCCUCGGGCGAGUGAGGCAGACUGGAAGGACGAGGCGGGAGGCGGUGCCAGCGGGAAAACGCCUCGGGAGAAGGGUGUGGAGAAAAGCACUCAGAAAGGGACGGAGGCGGCGUCCAGUCGAGACGCUUCUUUUUGGACGCCGCCCGCAGCUCCAGCGCUCGAUCGCGACACGCGCGCGCCGGAAGAGCGACGGCUGGGUUCGGAGCAAGACGAGUGGAGUCGACCGCGGAGCUCGCCGCGUUCCUCAGCUCCCGGGAUAUCCGCUUCCUUCGCGGGGAAGCGUUCCCAAGCGCUCAAAGUCCUCCUGCGGUGUCGGGGAGAGCCCGCGGGCCCGGAAUGCUCCUCCGGCCCAGCGAGUGAGACUCCCGAGGACGAAGCGUUCGGCAGUCGAAACCGGCGAGCUAAAGGAGAAGAGACCCGAGGGCAAGGCGGUCGAGUUUUUCCGGAUCCGGAACGCGCGCGCGUCCGCGGGGACGCUUCUGCGAAAGACGGGCGCGGCACGUCAGCCGGAAGAGACGAACUGGACAACGGCAGAGAGCGCGGAUUCGAGAAAGAGCGUGCAUCAAAGACGAUGCUCCACAACCUCUCGGAUGCCAGCGUGAGACGACGGCUGGAAGAGGAGGACGAGCGGCGAAAGGUCCGCGCAGAGGCAGAAGAUGAGAUCUUGCGCCUGCUCAAGCGCGCAGCUGACAGCAGCGCAGCAGAUUUGAAUAGGGAAGAAGCGUCAGGGUCGAGCCUUUCUGAACUCGGGACCCGUCUCUUCCGUAGAGAGGACGUUCGCGUCUUCCCCGCAUCUCUCGAUGCGGAGCUCGAGAGGCUGAAGGAGCGAUUGCGGCCGGGGAACUCGGUCCUCAAGGCAGUUCGCGACAGAGGUGCCUCGUCGCAGUGCAGCGGAGGCGACAAUGGAUCUGCCAUGCCGCGUCAACGCUCGCGACGUCCCGAGAACCUCCCGUCUUCAGCCGUCGCUGGGGCUGAUAUGGGCGAGGCUUUUAGGGGCUCCAAGUCAAGUUGUCUUGCAGGCCCUGAGAAGUGGCGUAGACAAGACAGAGAAAGGGAGGCGCCGCAGCAGUGGAAAGGGGAGAGAAGCUACGAGGCCAGUCCGGCAGACGGGCGUCCACACCCGGGGGGUGAAGAGCGUGCCCCAGGGACAGCCUUCUACGAGGGUGUUAAGUCAGAAACCGCAGGGAGAAGAGAAAAAACCGUCGCGAGCAGUUUGUCGCGAACAUCGUCUCUUCUUGAGGCACUGUCUGCGACCUCUCAUCAAAUUCACAUCGAGCGAAGCGCCGUGAAGUACGGCCUCAACCACCUGUUACAAAGGCAGGAACAAAGCAGAUGGCUUCCGGGCUUUGCCAGGAGCUCCAGAGACUCGAGCGGCACGCAGGCGUCGUCUGUGUCUGAUCAGAUGAAGGCACUGGAGUCACUUGAGACGCUUUCGCGGCAUGUGCGGUCAGGAAGGUUUGAUGCCAAGCAAUAA